AUGAGUGCUUUAGUAUUAGGUGCUACAGGUUUAUGUGGUGGAUUUUUCCUUAAAUUUGCUAACGCUUCAACAAAAUUAUCAAAAGUUUAUUCAAUUACAAGAUCUAAACCAUCAAUUUCAGUAGAUGAACAAAAAGUAGAUUUAAUUACAAAUAAAGAUAGUGCCAAUUGGGAUCAAUUAAUUCAAAAUUUAGAUAGUGAUAUUCAAUAUUUAUUCACUGCUUUAGCUACAACAAGAGUUGCAGCAGGUGGCACAGAUCAACAAUAUGCAAUUGAUCAUGAUUUAAACAUGAAAUUAGCUAAAGCUGCAAAGCAGAAAGGUUGUAAAACUGUUGUUGUUGUAAGUUCGAUGGGUGCAAAUGCAGAUUCUUAUUUUUUUUAUCCAAAGAUGAAAGGUGAAAUUGAAAAAGAUUUAACUGAAAUGGGUUUUGAAAAAACAAUUAUUUUAAGACCUGGUAUUAUAUUAGGUGAUAGAGGUGAUAAAAUACAUUCCGGGGCAGGUAAUGGACUUGCAACUACUUUAGGUGGAAUGUUUUAUAGAACUAAAUUACAAAGAUGUAUUGGAUAUCCCGUUGAAGCUGAAGAAAUUAGUAAAGUUGGUGUUCAUUUAGCUUUAAAUGAUACUUCAAAUGAAAAAGUCAGAAUUGUUGAAAGUAAAGAAAUCCUUGAAAUUGCAGCUAAGAUUAAAGAUUUAUGA